GAACCUUCCUGAUGCACUCAUAAUCUCUUCAAGAAAUGUAACAAGUGCACAAGAGUUACAAAAGGAAAGGCAAAAACAUUUGGCUAAAGCUCAUGAGUAUUACGAAAAUGAUAUUGUAUUAUUAUAUGAUUCUGCUAAAAGACAAGUACAUGGACAAAAGUUUAAUCCUAAAUGGACAGAACUGUUUUGA